UAGCCCAUCUGAUCCCCCUACUCUGAUAUGAGCGGCGUCCGUGGCCGCGACGCUUGACAAGGCGCGCCACAACAUCCCGGGGAACGGCGCCUCUCGGGCUCCAGUGGUCGACGUGGAAACAAUAGCUCAAAGAUGGCGGAGGCGCAAAUCAUGGAAGAGGAGCUGCAGCAAAGCGCCAUGCAGUCGGAGCGGGAAGCCGAGCUGACGCAGGUAGGAGUCGACCGGGACAUCGAGAUGGGCGACGACAGCGCACUUGCCUCUCAGCAAAGCCACAUUCACGUCGCGGACGGAGAACAUGAGGAAGACAUGGACGACGAGGACGCGCAUGGAGAGGACUAUGAGGAGGAGGACGAGCGCCCCGACCAUGACGACGAGCAGAGCGGCAGCAGCGAGUCUGGAGACGAUGACGACGGGGACAACUUUGACGAGGAUGCCGAGGGGGAAGCAUAUGACGAACUAGCCACGCGGAACCAUCGACCACGGCUGAGGUCAAGAAGCAUGACCAACGGCCACGAAGACGGCGAGGGCGACGACGCCGACGAGGAUGAAGGCGUCGGCGCGGUGAAAAUACGGCCGGGGGAGACGGACGAGGACGACAGCAGCGUGGAUUCCGCAAGUUUGGCCAGUGCCAGCGAUGGCGAGUCGGAAGACGAGGCGGAAUGGGAAGCUGCGCAAAACGACGAUGCAGACGACGACGAGUCUGAGAACGCCGCUGGUCAUUGCAUCUUCUGUAAGCAGGACGAGGAACACGACCCAGGGGAAGAAUUUGAGGCAUUCCUAGCCUGCACAAGGUGUGGGGACAACGCCCACCAACAAUGCGCGCGAGAGAAUGAAGCGCUGGGGAGCGAAAAUGGUCCUGAGAACUGGAGAUGCCCCAAGUGCGCUGAUGAGUCCGAUUCGGAUGGCGACCCAGACUUGGACGAAGACGCAGACAUGGCCGGGAUCAUGGACGCAAAUGCUUCUCCGGCCAGCCGACGUGCCAGCGCACCUAAGCUCGCAAGAGAUCUUCUUCCUUCCCAGAAAGGAUCCAUCAAGCCUGACUCCCACUCCGUGUUUAACCAGUUGGUUCUCGACGAAGACCCAAUGGAUGGAUCCCGCGUGCUUAGGAAACGCAAGACAUCCUCGCUGGCAGAUGACGAGAACAUCAUGGCGCUUCGCAAGCGGCGCAGGAUUACCGGCGAUGAUCAGAGCAACGAUGAAAAUACAGCAUCCGGCGCCGACGGCUCCCCUAGGCCUGUGUCCAGGUCUCUACGGCUUAAGAUCUCGAACCCGCCUGCGGCCAUAGUCAAGAGGACACGAAACAGCGUUUUGGUCAGGCUGCGCGUCAACUCGUCAGAGCUUCGCCAAAUCACGUCCCGGAAACCAAGAGGGCCGAAGAAGCGCCCGAGCGGAUCGCGGAGGCGGACAUCGAGAAGCGAGUCAACUCGCGCCGCUCCUCUGCCGCUAACGGCAAUCGCAACACCUUUUACCCCUAGUGCCUACUCACAACCCUUCUACUCCUUCUAUGAUAAGGAAACAGAUGAGUUGAAAGGGAAGCCGUACGGCGGCAUCCUUACAGAAGCGGAAGCGGACACCUCUAAGACCAUGCCGACGAACGAUGACCGUCGGCGCUUUGAUGAGGCGAAGCAAAAAGCAGAAGAGGAGUGGAGACAGCGGCUGCUCAAGAUGCAGGCCGAAGUCGAGGCACCUGCCAAGAAGUCAAAGAAGGCAUCGGGCCCGGCCAGCCAAAUUGAGUGCAUCGAGUUUGGCGGCUGGGAAAUCGACACCUGGUAUGCCGCUCCCUAUCCCGAAGAGUACAGCAGGAACCGCGUCCUCUACAUCUGCGAGUUCUGCCUCAAGUACAUGAACUCGGACUAUGUGGCCUGGCGUCACAAGCUCAAAUGUCCAGCAAAGCACCCCCCGGGCGACGAGAUCUACAGGCACGGCUCAGUGUCGGUCUUUGAAGUGGACGGCCGCAAAAACCCGGUUUACUGCCAGAACCUCUGCCUUCUGGCAAAGCUCUUCCUCGGGUCGAAAACGCUCUAUUACGAUGUGGAGCCGUUCCUCUUCUACGUUCUCUGCGAGUACGACGACCUGGGCUACCACUUCGUCGGGUAUUUCUCCAAGGAAAAGCGUGCCAGCAGUCAAAACAACGUCUCUUGCAUUCUCACGCUUCCCAUCCACCAACGGAAGGGGUACGGCAACCUGCUGAUUGAUUUCUCCUAUCUCCUGACCAGAGUGGAGAAGAAGACGGGGUCUCCAGAGAAGCCACUGUCCGACAUGGGUCUAGUUUCGUACCGGAACUAUUGGCGCCUGAUAAUGUGCCGCUAUCUAUUGGAUCAUUUCUCGGAAGAGAAGUCGGGAAAGACGGGUCUGAGUAUCAAGCAGAUUUCAGACGACACGGGGUUGACGCCAGACGACGUGGUUUCUGCUCUGGAAGGGUUGAGGUGCUUGGUUCGAGACCCGCAGACUCAGGUCUACGCUUUUCGCGUCGACUUACAAUAUUGUCGGGAAUACGUUGCAAAAUGGGAGGCCAAGAACUAUGUACAGCUCAACCCCAAGGCCUUGACGUGGACGCCCUAUGUUAUGGGCAGAGGCAACGCGACGAACUUUGAACUGGGCCCGGCUUUGACUGCGAUUGCGCCGCGGGAAGAAGAAGAAGAGCUCAAGUCACCUGUUGCUCAAGCAGAAGAGCCGUUGGUCAACGGUGCCGGUCCUCCGAGUCAGCCGGAUGCUUCUCCCGAUGUAACAAAGAAUGCAGUGGCGCCCCCGGUGCUCGAAUCCACCGAACCCACAGAGUCGACCUCAACAGACGAUGCCGUCAACAACGAUGUCAAGCCCAACGGAUUACUCAGGAACGGUGAUUCGGCAGAACAAAAGAUCCAGCCUGAGCCCGCCCCCGAGCCAGCCUCCGAGCCAGCCCCCGAGCCCGAGCCAAAGCUCGACCCUGUCAAGUCCACAGAAGACGACUGGACCCAAAAAUACAAAGAUAUCCCACCCACCCGAUUCGAAGUGGUCCCACCCAUCAACGGCCGCCGAACCGACCGCUCCCGCUCCAUCAUCCCCCGAACACCGGCCGUCCGCACCACGACAACGACCGGCAAUAGUGCCUCCCGGCCGCGACUCAAACGGUCCGCCGGCUCCCGCCGCUCCACCGCUUCUUCCUCCCGUCCCAAGUCCAGCAGCGCCACCAGCAGCAGCAAGCGCAAGCCGGGCGGGACAGGCCGCGGGCCGGGUCGCUGGCCUAAGGGCACCAAGAAGAGCGACUACGGCAACGCCCAGAGCGGGCCGGGCCUACCACCGGCGUGGAUCGCGGAGCGCGCGAGGCUGGCGGCGGAGGAGGCUAAGAAGGCCGAGGAGGCUAAGAAGGCUGAGGAGGCUAAGAAGAAGGAGGAGGAUAAGGAGGAGAGGGGAGGGGAAGGGGUUAUGGAUACCGUGCAGGUGCAGUCGCGAACUGUCAUGGAGGGCGCCGGAGCGGCGGGGCAGAAGGGGAAGGAAAAUGCGGAUGUGGUCAUGCAGGAUGCGGAUGCUGAGGGGCGGGAUAAUUGAGGUAUCGGCUGGUCGGCGGGGUUGGGGAAAUUUGAGGCUUUAGGGGGCCG